GAAACUGCUCGGUAACUCAUCCACAGAACAGCAGUGAACAAAAAAAAAAGUGUAAAGUGCUAAAAUUUAAAUAAAUUGUCUUAAAAAUUCAUAAAUUUCAAAAAAUUUAAAGACAACCAGAAAACCCAUUGGAAAAAUGGCUGCCUUCGAAUACGCCCACGGGCCCGUAAUGAUGGCUCAGCAAGCAUUUGGCGCGAACAUGACGGUCUACGAUCGCGUUCCAGCGAACAUGAAGCAUCUCGUUGACGUCUAUUGGGCGCAAUUUCCGCCAAUGAAUCCCCUGUGGUACAGCAUUCUUGCCUUGUUUCUCGUGGUAUUGGCGUUCAUUUCGAUGAGCGGUAAUUUUGUCGUGUUGUACGUGUUCCUUUCGACAAAAUCGUUACGCACGCCCUCCAAUAUGCUGAUUAUAAAUUUGGCAUUUUCGGACUUUAUGAUUAUGUUUACGUUGUGUCCCGCGAUGUUUUGGGCCUGUUUGAAGGAGACUUGGACAAUGGGACCUCUCGCGUGUGAACUUUACGCACUCAGCGGAUCGCUGUUCGGAUGUGUUUCUAUUUGGACGAUGACGAUGAUUUCCUUUGAUCGUUACAACGUCAUUGUAAAAGGUUUACAAGCGAAACCCUUGACAAUGUCGGGCGUUCUUCUUCGCAUCUUGUUCAUUUACGUUUCCUGUUCGUUCUGGGCCAUUAUGCCCCUGUUUGGAUGGAACCGUUAUGUGCCCGAGGGUAACAUGACAGCUUGCGGCACGGAUUACAUCUCACAGGACUGGAAGAGUCGCUCUUACUUGUGUGCUUAUUCCUUCUUCGUGUACGAACUCCCACUUUUCUUGAUUAUUUUCUCGUAUUAUCACAUCUUGAAGGCUGUUUUCGCUCACGAAAAAAGCAUGCGCGAUCAAGCAAAGAAGAUGAAUGUCACAUCUCUCCGUUCCUCCGAAGAGAACAAGAACCAAAGUACCGAAGCAAAACUCGCCAAAGUUGCUCUCAUGACAAUUACCUUGUGGUUUAUGGCAUGGACUCCGUAUUUGGUGAUCAAUUGGGGCGGCAUGUUCAAUACUAUCAAAAUUACGCCUCUUUUCUCCAUUUGGGGAUCAGUUUUCGCUAAGACAAGUUGCUGUUACAAUCCAAUUGUUUACGGCAUUAGUCAUCCAAGAUAUCGGGCAGCUUUGCAGAAGACUUUCCCGUCGUUGGUUUGUGGAGCUACCGACAACGAAGCCGCCUCUACUGGAACAGCUUCCGUCGGAGAUGGCGCGAGCGUUACUUCAUCAACAUAAAAAGUUACAAGAAAUGAUGAUGAUGAGAGAAAUUUUUAUUUUUUUAUAGUUAAUUUUUAAAUUUUUAUGUGUUGUGACCAAAAAAAAAUGAAACAAAAAAUAAAAUAAAGUGAAAUAACCUUCCGUAAAAAUUAAA